ACAGAAGAGUUCUUUGUACUUGUUACUAAGUUUAAUGAGUAAACUUAGUAACAGGACAGCCAAUGAAAUGACAGACUAAGCAGUGGAAUUUGUGUUCAGGAAGUUAGAUGACACUUUAUGAGGGUGCCAAAACGUGGGUGUAAUUUUCAGCCACUGAAUAUUUCAAGUGUAUUUGCCGUGUCACCAAGUCAAAAGAGCAGAUGAGAACCAUCAUGGGAAGAAAGACCAUUUUACUUCUGAUUAUGGGGGUUCUUGGGGCAUAUUAUGUUUAUAUACCUGUCCCAGAUAACAUUGAGGAGCCAUGGAAACUAAUGUUGGUUAACACAUAUAUGAAAACUUUAACAGAUUUGGUUCUGUUUAUUGAACUAUUGGGAAUCAACCAUGCCAUGAACAUUGUAAUGUUCUUUAUGAGCUUUCAAGAAGUCCCACCCACAUCUGAUGAAAAUGUCACUGUGAUGACAACUUUCAACAAUGUUCCUGUCUGCAUAUAUGUACCAAAAUGAAAGCCGGAGAGACUAAGAGGCUUAUUUUAUAUUCAUGGUGGUGGUUGGUGUUUGGGGAGUGCUGCUUUGUUUAGUUAUGACUUUCUGUCAAAACAGACAGGGGAUAGAUUUGAUGUUGUUGUCAUUUCAGUCAACUACAGACUAGCCCCUAAAUAUCACUUUCCAAAUCAAUUUGAAGACGUAUAUAAUGCAUUAAGGUGGUUCUUACACCAAGAUGUUCUUGAUAAAUAUGGUGUGGAUCCUGAAAGAAUUGGAAUUUCUGGAGACAGUGCUGGAGGGAAUUUAGCUGCAUCAGUGACUCAACAGCGUAUGUGUUUUGAAAACCUAGGUAUUAUUAGUCAUGGAGACUUAAUUUCCAUGAUAUUCAGUCUGGACUAUACACAACCACCCUCAGAUGAAAAUGUCACAGAGACCGAUACAGCAUUUGUUGGUACUCCGGUACAUUUGUACUUGCCAAAGAGAAAGUCAGAAAUCCCAAGAGCGGCUGUCACCUAUAUUCAUGGUGGUGGUUUUUGCUUUGGAAGUUUCACCCCAGGAAGCACCUUCCUCCCGAGUUUUGUCUCAGAUGCAGCUGCCUUCACCAGCCCCCCACUUCUGAGGGACUGUGUCUUUGACCCACUCUACCCCUCUGCGGAAUGUCUCAGCGAUCAAUGGCCGGGUGCCGGCUGCACCAAGGAAUGCUUGCGGUACUGUGCUGCUGCCAAUGCCCAGAGACUGUAUCCAGUUGCCAGCCUGUCCCAGAAAAAACUCCAGCCUGCUGGAGUCAUGUACAUCACUUGACUCUGGAAUUCUGAAUUUAGGGUGAUCUAUAGCCACAUAGAGGGUGCAUUCCAUGGAAUAAUUUCUCUUCUGCACUUUAAAUUUGGUUGCAGAACAGCAAAUCAGUGUAUUAGUUGGCUAUGUGGAAACCUGAUCAGUCUAAAAACUCAAGCCUCACUAUUUCAGGAAAAAAAGAACAAAGGUGCAAAGGAUUGA